AUUCAUUCCCACAUUGCUUUCUCUAUGUGUGCUGAACCAGCAACCAGAUCAUUUCAAUUAGAAAUCCUUGGAGAAAGUUGCAGAGACAUGGAAAGCCAUCUCAAUUCAUGAUCGCACAUCAUUGUCUAUUUCCAUUUCCAACCCAUCUUCCGUGCCAAACCAAGUAUUAUAAUAUAAUACAGCUACAUCUAGCUACUCUUUCUUCUUCAUCUUCUUGGCUACAAAACAUCGAACAACGGUCGCUCGAGUCUGUCGCUUCGAUGGUGGCGGUGUUCAACAAAGAGGUGUUGAGUUGGUAUCUGCUCGCUGUGAAACUUAAUGAGACCGUGCAGGCGAACCUCCCCCGGUCGCAGCCUAGCACUCCCGGCUCGCCCUUCAGGCCUCCGCCGCCACCGCCGAUCUAUUUCACCCGGGGCGAACCCAUUCCGGAGGAGCUUCAGCGGCAGGAGGAGGAGGACGAGGAGGAGGACGAGGAAGGCAAGGAUGAAGAGGAGGUGAGAGUGGUGGUCGCCGCCGCCGCCGCUGCCGCCCCCCGAGUGGAGUCCGAGUGGGCGAUUUCUGUCCGCGACAGGCUGGAGCAGGCGCGAAACGAGGAGGCGGCCGUGCCGUGGUCCCGCUUCUCCAUCUACCGCGUCCCUAAAUCGCUCCGCGAGGGCGACGAGAAGUCGUACGUGCCCCAAGUGGUGUCGAUCGGCCCCUACCACCACGGCAAGCGCCGCCUCCGCGACAUGGAGCACCAUAAGUGGCGCGCCCUCUACCGCGUCCUCCGCCGCACCGGUCACGACGUGCGGCUGUACCUCGAUGCGGUGCGCGUGCUGGAGGACCGGUGCCGCGCCUGCUACGAGGGCCGUAUCGCCCUGUCCAGCGAUGAGUUCGUGGAGAUGCUGGUGCUCGACGGCACCUUCGUGCUGGAGCUCUUUCGAGGAGCGGCGGGAGGCGCCGGCGAGGGUUUUCAGGACCUCGGCUACGAUCGCAACGACCCCGUGUUCGCGAUGCGCUGCACGAUGCACGGCAUCCAGCGUGACAUGAUCAUGCUCGAGAACCAGCUGCCCCUUUUCCUCCUCGAUCGCCUCCUCGGCCUCCAGAUAGGCCGCCCCGACCAGCACGGCUUCGUCGCCCGCCUAGCCGUCCGCUUCUUCGACCCCCUCAUGCCCACCGACGAGCCGCUCCGCAAGGCCGACCGCGCGAGGAUCGAGUCCUCCACCCGCGCCGCCGCCGAGUCCUUCGACCCGCUCACCGAGACAGGGCUCCAUUGCCUCGACGUCUUCCGGCGGAGCUUGCUCCGGACGGGGCCGAAGCCGGAGCCGCGUGUCUGGAUCAGGCGGUGGUCGCACACCCGGCGCGUGGCGGAUCGGCGGCGGCUGCAGUUGAUCCACUGCGUGACGGAACUCCGGGAGGCGGGGAUCAAGUUCCGGAAGCGGAAGACGGACCGGUUCUGGGACAUCAAGUUCGCCGACGGCGUGCUUAAAAUCCCGCGGUUGCUGAUCCACGACGGCACCAAAUCGCUGUUCCUGAACCUGAUCGCGCUGGAACAGUGCCACUCCGAUUGCACCAAGGACAUCACCUCCUACGUCAUCUUCAUGGACAACCUGAUCAACUCGGAGGAUGACGUGAGCUACCUGCACUAUCGGGGGAUCAUCGAGCACUGGCUGGGCAACGACGGCGAGGUGGCGGACCUGUUCAACAAGCUGUGCCUCGAGGUGGUGUUCGACUUCGACGACAGCUACCUGUCGGAGCUGUCGGAGAGGGUGAACAGGUACUACAACCAUCGGUGGAACACGUGGGGCGCGAGCCUGAAGCACAGGUACUUUGGGAACCCGUGGGCGGUCAUCUCCUUGAUCGCCGCGGUCUUCUUGCUGCUGCUCACCUGCGUGCAGACCUACUACUCCGUUUACGCCUAUUACCGCCCUCCCUGAUCACCCACUCUCCGGCUUAUAGUUGCUGACCUUUUGAGCUCCUCACUUCCUUCCGCUGUCUUUUUUGGGCCGAUGCGUUUCCAGAAUUCGAGUGCCAUGCGUCUCCUGCAGCCGCCGCAAGGCGCCCUAUUGCUAUUGACGCCCUUCCUCUGGGCAGCUACACCAGCCUUCUCCUCGACUCCGAUGCCUCCGGCCAUUGAUCGCUCCCAUCU